AUAGCAUGUGAAGUUUCCCUGUCAUCCCAACAAGACUAAAGACAUGGCCACAUCGUCAGAGAUCUCCUCCGCUGUACCUCUUCCUCAGUCUCGCCCGCCAUGAGCCGAUCUACAUGAAUGACCGGCGCACGAUAUUCGCUUCCCUUUGACUGCGGCCUGUCCUCCGAUGACUUCACUGAAGCCAACGAGCAAUGACAGCGCCCGAUCCAGUUCGCAGGACAUCUACAAUCAGUCGAGUCCAACACUUGAGCGUACCCGCACACCUUACCACCUACGAGGCGACAGCCUAACGAAACCGAUCGGCCUAUCUACCUUCUCAAGUCCAGAUGCUCCGAAUGGCUACCCUACGACGGCCCUCAGUCGCUCAGAGUCGAGCGAAAGCGGGACAGAGGCAGAUGACGAAAAAGGGCCCCUUUUGAAAGGACUACCUGCACCACCGCUACGUGCAAGAAAAGGGCUCCGGGGAAGGUCGCCGGGGGGACUGACUCCUGCAGCGAGUCCUUUACCGACGCCCCCAGCUUUCGUCGAGGCACGGGAAUAUGCCUAUUUUGGUGAGAGUCGUAAGAUUGAGAACAAAGUACCUCAACCUGGGAAGCAGAUCAAGGACUUCGAAGUAUACAAGAAGCGAAAGCGAAGAGAGAUCGUCCGGAGGUGCACAGAGACGCUGCUGCUCUGCGGAAUUGGUGCCACUGUCUGGACGAGCACGCGAGGCGCAUCUGAGCUGUCGGGCUGGCUGAACGAGCUUACGACUUUCCUCUUGCUACCGCCGCUGCUCUAUCUCGCCUUCCCGGUCCGCCUGGCUCUCCGCGCUCGUGCAAGCGGCAAGUCUUGCGUGCAAGCUCUCCGCCUGGGGUUCCACGUCCCUUCUCGGUUUGACCCUGGACCUCUGUUAUACCCUGUUACGCUACCAGUCCUGAUCGCGCUUUCACUUUUCCAGCGGUGCAGUACAUUUCUUCCGGUGGCCGUCGUGUGCGCACUUUCAUCGAUUCCGCCCCUGAUUACAGGGACGCCAGGGAUCCCGGCUCUAGGAGAUCACAUCCAUUGGCUUAUUACCGUACUACCAUUGGAUUCAUCGAGCCUGCGAUGGUCAUAUAACUCCCACCAAACCCCACUGCCUCUGAGACUUGGAUCGAACAGUCUGUUAGCAAGGGAGGACUUAGCUCUGCUGUACCCUCUUCAUCAGUCACUAAUGACGGUCCUUGGCUAUCUCACGACCUCGAGUCUCGACAUCUCAGAAUUACGACUCCUCUCAACCGCACUGAUUCAUCUGCUUAUUUUCGCACGCAGUCCACAGGCAGAAAUCCUCAAGGCCAUGCUCUGGCUUGGGGGCUUAUGUGUGUUCAUCACUUGCAAAAAGCUCCUGGGUUGGGAAGUCGCACUUGCGAGGGUACCAACCUGGAAACUUCUGCGGAGACGUCCUAAGCCAGGCCUCAUCUUCCAGAUCGAUCAGGCAAUAUGCCUGCUUUUGACCAGAGGACAAUUGCAGCGGAGGCGGCGAAACUCUUCUGAAAGCGAAUACGAACCACCCAUGCUUCAGCCGAUGUCCAGGCGCAGACCUCCGCUCAAACUGGAAAUCAAUGGAAGAGCCUCGACGAUGACUCUUGGGAAGGCGAUGUCCGCAGUCGAAGAGCCGAUCUCGAAGGUAUCGUCGUUGCAUACCCCGAUUUUUUCGAAAGCUUCUCGACGAAACACGAUCGCCGUGGUCGACAAUGCAGCUUCCAAGGAAGAUUCUCAAGGAAAGAAGAGGACCAAGCCGACAGCCACGACGAGUCCGCCCAACGCUUUCUUGUCAUUUACCUUGGAGCAAGCUCGAGUGCGAAAGUACGGAUACGCAGCGGCUGUAUAUAUCUUCGUCAUCAUCACAAUACUAGGCCCUGUCCGGCUGUAUGUUGGCGCCCGAGCAUUAUCGGGUCAUGAGCCAUUUGGCUGGGCUCUAGGCUACCUUUUCGGCAACAUCCCAGCAUUCAGGUUUUGGGUGGUUAGCAACAACCUCGAGCGAUGGAUCUGUCUUCCAGCACGAACGUCGUCUGGCUCAACAUUUCAUCCACCCUUCUCUGCCGAAGCUCUCCGUCAAGAGCUCGUUGGACCUGCAAAUACUCGACUCCUGAUCUGCAUCUACUGCGUGGUAGUGUUGCUCCUCGGCAUCGCGGCGGUGCUCCAGUUGACUUCUAUGGUUGAGGUCGAUACAAGGCGUAAAGUCUUCCAUGGUAUCAUGGUUGCCAUGCUUCUGCCUACCAUCUUCGUGGAUCCUUGUUUUAUUGCUCUGGCACUCGGCCUGAUGCUGGCUAUAUUCCUCUUGCUCGAUCUGUUCCGGGCCUCGCAACUACCUCCGCUUUCCAGACCACUUACAACUUUCCUGGCUCCGUACGUGGAUGGUCGAGACUAUCGUGGCCCAAUUAUCGUGUCGCAUAUUUUCUUGCUCAUCGGAUGUGCCAUUCCCUUAUGGCUAUCACUGGCUGCGGCACCGCGUGGAGGUGAGGAUCCGUGGAUUGGGUGGGAAACACCUCUUCGCGAUCUCAGCAUGGUGAGUGGUGUUAUUUGUGUUGGCAUGGGCGAUGCUGCGGCAAGUUUAAUCGGCAGGCGUUACGGGGAGACAAAAUGGUACUGGGCAGGCGGAAAGAGUUUGGAAGGCAGCCUUGCUUUUGCCUUCGCGGUUGUUUGUGGUCUAUCGAUGGGCUGGGUCUGGCUUAGACUGGGCGGCUGGGCUACCUGGCAUGAUCAAUCAGUGGUAGCGCUACUAGGGAAAUGUGCUGUUGCAGGACUAGGAGCGAGUCUUCUGGAGAGCACCUUGACUGCGGCGAACGAUAAUGUGGUGGUACCCGUGGGGUUGUGGUUGUUGGUCCGAGGGCUGAAUAUAUAGACAUCCCCUAGGCUGAGCCAUACAACAUACAAUGUGCAACGUACUCAGCCUCGUGAGUGUACAGCCUGCAAUUUGAUCAGGCGACUGCUCCCAGC